AUGUGAGAGGGGUCGGUUCUACUUCAGCCACCACUAGUGGACCCUCUGAAGAGCCAGAGAACUGAAUGGAACGUGUGUUGGCACACGGGCCUGUAGCCACUUCGGCCCUAAGACGUGUGUUACAAGGUCCCUGCAGUGCAGUCUGUAUUUUCUGAGACAGACCCAUGUUCCCCAGGAGGCAGGCGCGUGCACACGCACACAGAGGCUUUGGGUAGAAUGACGACUGCUGAUGACAGCCGCCCCUCAGGGCUCCAGGAGUCCCCUCCCAGGCUGACUGCUCCACCUCUAGGCUAGCCUGGAAUCCCAGUGAGAGGAAGAAGCUGGAAAACACAGUCAUUCAGAGAGAAAAGAGGAGGGAGAAGUUUCUGGCUGAGAUCUGAAAGGAGGGGCCUGAGAAAGGAAGGAAGGAAGGAAGGAAGGAAGCUUCCAGGCUCUGCCCAGACUCCUUCCCUGAGACUCCUGAGAGGAGUAGGCCCAGCUCUCCCUGCCGGGAGAUCGGGAGAGAUCUCCAUCUGCCGGCGCCGACUGCCCUCCGCUGCCGACUCCUUUCUCUCCCCUCCCCCUUCGCCGGGCUAACAGGCCCACGGGGACUGCCGGGGAGCGGGGAGCGAGGCUGAGCGGCUGUACUGUGGGCAUGCCCGCUCCUCUCCCUUCCCCCUUCCCUUGGCAGCAACGUCACCGCAGCACCAGCGGCCGCGGCAGCAGCAAGGAGACGGCGCUGGGAUUGCGCAGCCUCCCUGCAUUAGCAGCGAUGCCAUUGUAUUAGCAGAAAUCAGAUCUUAGGGAGUCGGCCCAGGGCCCCCUGUGUGGGCCCGGGAACAGUGCCUCGGCAGGAACUGUCAAGGCAGAGCAAAAGGAGCAGAAGCCUCCGGUCCAGCUGAAGGCUCCUUACAGAGGUGCCAAGCUCUCCUGAUGAAAUGUGUUCUGCCCCACUGGGCUCCAGGGGCAGUAUCUGGUGCCGUUGAUGCCCUUGUUCGAACUUUCCAGAAUGGAUAGUCCCCCAAAGCUGACUGGAGAGACUCUCAUCGUCCACCACAUCCCCCUGGUGCACUGUCAAGUCCCAGACAGGCAGUGCUGUGGAGGGGCAAAUGGAGGUAGUGGGAGCACAAGACCCAAUCCUUUCUGUCCACCUGACCUGGGUGUCACCCAGCCUGACCAAGACCUGGGACAAGCUGACUCCCUGCUGUACAACAGUCUGCACUCUGCUGCAGGGGGAUCUGCACGGUCUACAGACAGCACCAAGAGUAGGGGUCGGGAUGGAAGAGGCUCCGGGGCCCCCAAACGACACAAUCCGUUCUUGCUGCAGGAGGGUGUGGGUGAGCCAGGACUUGGUGACCUGUAUGAUGACAGCUUCGGUGACAAUGCCACCCAGCAGUCCUUCCACCUGCACAGCACUGGCCAGCCCACCUUCCAUCUAGCCUCUUUCCAGCUGCCACCAUCUGGACCCAGAGUGGGCAGGUCAUGGGGAGCACCACGCAGUCGGGCUGGAGUGGUGGAUGGGCAGGAACAGGAGCCAGUGGCACCCUUGGACACCCAGCAGUGCCGCAGUAGCCACCGCUGCAGACCAGAGCUGGAAGCAGAGACCAUGGAGCUGGAUGAGUGUGGGGGACCUGGUGGGAAUGGCAGUGGUGGGGGAGCCAGUGAUACCUCUGGCUUUUCCUUUGACCAUGAAUGGAAGCUGAGUUCAGAUGAAUCCCCAAGGAACCCAGGAUGCUCGGGCCCAGGAACCCAGCACUGCCGCUGCAGCAGCACAUCUAGUCAGUCUGAGGCAGCUGACCAGUCCAUGGGCUACGUGAGCGACUCGUCCUGCAACAGUUCCGACGGCGUGCUGGUCACCUUCAGCACGCUGUACAACAAGAUGCACAGCAACUCCCGAGCCAAUCUCAACUCUGCCCCGCAGUCCUGCAGCGACUCUUCCUUCUGCAGCCACUCGGACCCUGGCGGCUUCUACCUGGACCUGCAGCCCUCCCCAGCUGAGUCGAAGAUGUCUUGUGAGUCCCACCACCCUGAGAGUGGAGGACGGGAAGGAGGCUAUGGUUGUCCUCAUGCCUCAUCUCCUGAGCUCGAUGCCAACUGCAACUCCUACCGCCCACACUGUGAGCCCUGCCCAGCUGUGGCCGACCUCACAGCCUGCUUCCAGAGCCAGGCCCGUCUUGUCGUGGCCACACAGAAUUACUACAAACUUGUCACCUGUGACCUGUCCUCCCAAUCCUCCCCAAGCCCGGCUGGCUCUUCCAUCACCAGCUGCUCGGAGGAGCACACCAAGAUAAGUCCCCCACCGGGCCCUGGCCCAGAACCAGGCCCAGGCCAGCCUUCUGAGUAUUACCUAUUCCAGAAGCCCGAAGUCCAGCCAGAGGAACAAGAGGCAGUGGGUUCCUCGGCAGAAGCAGCCGCUGCCAUGAGCCCCACUAUCCUAGAGGGACAAGUGUACACGAAUACGUCACCCCCCAACCUCAGCACGGGACGUCAGCGCUCCCGCAGCUAUGACCGCAGCCUGGAGCGCAGCCCUGCUGUCCGCCUGGGCUCACUGGAGCGCAUGCUGAGUUGCCCAGUACGCUUGAGUGAGGGCCCUGCAGCCCUGGCAGGGCCUAGCUCCCCACCCAGGAGGGUCACCUCCUUUGCUGAACUGGCCAAAGGCCGGAAGAAGGCUGCAGGCUCUGGCUCCCCCCCACUUCGGGUGAGCGUCGGGGACACCUCCCAGGAGUUCUCACCCAUCCAAGAAGCCCAGCAAGACAGGGCGGCCCCACUGGAUAAGGGCACUCACUGUAGCCAUAGUCUACCACCCAUGCCCUUGGGACCAGGCAUAGACCUACUCGGUCCAGAACCCUGGUCCACCCAGGUCUGCCAGGGCCCCCAGUCCAGUGAGACGCCACCUUCUGGCCUCAGAGCUGCUGAGCAAGGCCCCCUGGCUCCACUGAUGGAUCCAGGGCUUGCUGUCCCAGGGAGCCCAGCCAACAGCCAUACCCAGAGGGAUGCAAGAGCUAGAGCUGACGGGGGUGGUGCUGAAAGCCGACCAGUCCUUCGCUACAGCAAGGAGCAGAGGCCAACUACACUGCCCAUCCAGCCCUUCGUGUUCCAGCACCACUUCCCCAAGCAGCUGGCCAAGGCUCGGGCCCUGCACAACCUCUCCCAGCUCUACAGCCUCUCGGGCUGCAGCCGUACACAGCAGCCUGCCCCACUGGCUGCCCCUGCUGCUCAAGGCCCAGCCCCAGCUCCCUCCAGGGAGCCACAGGCGUCCACACCCCGAACCUCUGGCCGAGGUGCCAGGAAAGCUGGGCCUGAGCCAGAGACCUCACGGCCAUCACCCCUGGGCAGCUACUCCCCCAUCCGGAGUGCUGGCCCCUUUGGGCCCAGCACUGACUCUUCUGCCUCCACUUCGUGCUCCCCUCCCCCAGAGCAGGCCACAGCCACAGACAGCCUAGCCCCAUGGAGCCACCCCUGUUCUGUUGCCCGGCCUGCCACCUCCCAGCUGCCACAGCAGGAAGAUCAGAAGACACUGACCUUGGCUGAGUACCGACUCCAUGGAACAGGAAGCUUGCCACCUCUGGGCUCCUGGAGAUCUGGCUUCAGCCGAGCAGAGAGCCUGGCCCGGGGAGGCGGUGAGGGCAGCAUGGCCUCCAGGCCCAGUAACGCCAACCACCUAUCCCCUCAAGCCCUCAAGUGGCGCGAAUACAGGAGGAAGAACCCACUAGGGCCACCUGGUUUAUCAGGCAGCCUAGACCGAAGGCCACAGGAAGCGCGCCUGACCCGAAGGAACCCCAUCUUUGAGUUUCCUGGCUCUUUCCCAGCUGCUGGCCAUCUGAACUGCCGGCUGAAUGGUCAAAUGCUGAAGCCAUUACCACUGACCUGCCCUGACUUCCAAGACCCCUUCUCCCUGACUGAGAAGCCCCCAGCUGAGUUUUGUCUGUCCCCAGAUGGCAACUCAGAGGCCAUUUCCAUUGACCUGCUUCAGAAAAAAGGCCUGAUUAAAGCUGUUAACACUGCUGUGGACCUGAUUGUGGCCCACUUUGGCACAAGCCGGGAUCCUGGGGUAAAGGCAAAGCUGGGAAACAGUUCUGUGAGCCCCAACGUGGGCCACCUGGUUCUGAAGUACUUGUGCCCCGCUGUCCGGGCCGUGCUGGAGGACGGGCUCAAGUCCUUUGUACUAGACGUCAUCAUCGGGCAACGCAAGAACAUGCCGUGGAGCGUGGUUGAGGCUUCCACGCAGCUCGGCCCAUCCACCAAGGUUCUGCACGGCCUCUACAACAAAGUCAGCCAGUUCCCAGAGCUCACCAGUCACACCAUGCGCUUUAACGCCUUCAUCCUCGGCCUGCUCAACAUCCGGUCCCUGGAGUUCUGGUUUAAUCACCUCUAUAACCACGAAGAUAUCAUCCAGACGCACUACCAGCCCUGGGGCUUCCUGAGCGCGGCGCACACCGUGUGCCCCGGCCUCUUUGAGGAGCUGCUGCUGCUGCUCCAGCCCCUGGCCCUGCUGCCCUUCAGCCUUGACUUGCUGUUCCAGCACCGGCUGCUGCAAAGCGGGCAGCAGCAGCGGCAGCACAAGGAACUGCUGCGAGUGUCCCAGGACCUGCUGCUGUCCGCACACUCCACACUGCAGCUGGCCCGCGCCCGGGGCCAGGAGGGCCCUGGAGACAUGGACAGAGCAGCGCAUGGGGAGCGAGUGAAGGGUGUGGGGGCCCCAGAAGGUGGAGAAGAGGAAGAGGAAGCAGAAGAGGUGGCAGAGACGGCAGAGGGCUCGGGCCAUGGCAGGUGGGCCCGAAGCGGUCAGGCUGGCUGGUGGUACCAGCUCAUGCAGAGCUCCCAAGUCUAUAUCGAUGGCUCCACUGAGGGUUCUAGGUUCCCUCGGGGUAGCAGCAAUAGCAGCAGUGAGAAAAAGAAAGUGGGGGGAGCCGGGGGGCCUCCCCAGGCUCCACCCCCACGCGAGGGAGUAGUGGAAGGGGCUGAGGCCUGCCCUGCCCCCGAAGAGGCCCUUGGCCGGGAGAGGGGCUGGCCCUUCUGGAUGGGGAGCCCCCCCGACUCCGUGCUGGCUGAGCUGAGGCGCAGUCGAGAAAGGGAGGCGCCUUCGGCCCCACCAGCAGAAAAUGAGGAAGGGGCCUCGGAGCCUUCACCUGGUGGCAUCAAGUGGGGACAUCUCUUUGGUUCCCGAAAAGCCCAGCGGGAGGCCCGGCCCACAAACAGGCUACCUUCAGACUGGCUGAGCCUGGACAAGUCCAUGUUCCAGCUAGUGGCACAGACCGUGGGUGCCCGCCGGGAGCCAGAGCCCAAGGACACCGUGCAGGAGCCACACUCUCCAGCCCUGCCCUCUAAGCCCCCAUGUGAGGUGCAGGCACUGUGCCACCAUCUGGCCACAGGCCCUGGACAGCUGAGCUUCCACAAGGGAGAUAUCCUACGGGUGCUGGGGCCAGCCGGUGGAGACUGGCUACGCUGCAGCCGCGGCCCUGACACUGGCCUCGUACCUCUGGCCUACGUGACGUUGACCCCAACUCCAAGUCCAACCCCCGGAAACAGCCAAAACUGAGGCCCUGUGCAUGCUGGUGGCCUCAGGGUCCCUCAUAACCCCUGGCUCAGAGCCUGAGAGCCCCCCCCAAGCCCUGUGGCUUGGCUACAGAGUAGACUGAGAGCUGGGGGCCACAUAUCCCUGCGCUGGCACCUGCUCCCCGUGGUCAGUAUUAAUUACUCCCCUGUAACUGUCCCAGUGACCUCGUUCCAGACCUCCAUCCAGGAAAGGAGGGAGGGGACGCAGCGCUGGGCUGCCAGGGUUUCCCCAGCCCAUCUGGGCCAACCCUGCUGUUUAUGUAGACAAAGCAGGUCUGAGGAAGGUGUCCCAGAGGGCCACUGGCAGGGUGCCCGAGGCCAGGUGAUGAUAAGGAUGGUGAACAGUAUUGGGGCCAGAUCCCUCAGCCCCCCCAGCUGUAAAUAGGCUGUGCCCAGUGCCUGGCGGUCGGAGAGGGAAGAGGAGCCCAGGCCUCUGUUUAUGUAUUUAUUUAUUUAUUUAUUACACCUAUUAAUAAAAAAGGUGCUCAGCCUUCAAA